GUUUCUCAGAGAUCCGUUAGUUUCUGGCUGUCAGUCGGUUUUCGUUUCCGACAUUAAAGUUAACACAUGAGGUUGGCUUCCUGCCAACAUAUACACGCGAGAAAUUGUCAGGUGACUCUCAUAUUUUUCAGUUGUGUAUAGUUAGCUUUGACUCGAGGUUUGAAACUGCAGCAUUCAAUAUCUAAAGAGUCGUUAGAAAGAUAUCUGCAACUAAUCGAACCACUAAACCCAGUAGAACGGUGAACUGCAUUUCUUUAUCCCGCCAUGGAGCACGCGCGUCCCUACCGCUUUCACUCAGACACCGAUGGUUUGGAGGCUCUGUGCCGUGACACGAAAUUUUCUCGCCGAGAAAUUCAGCUAAUGUAUCGCAGUUUCAAACAAGUAUGUCCAUCUGGGUUUGUAGAUGAGGACGCCUUCAAGCAGAUAUUUUCCCAGUUCUUUCCUUAUGGCAAUGCCAGCUCGUAUGCUCAUUACGUUUUCAAAACAUUUGACCAAAACAGGAAUGGAGCUAUAAGAUUUAAGGAUUUCUUGCACUGUUUGUCACUCCUCUGCCGAGGUUCACCUAGGGACAAGCUACGCUGGGCGUUUUCCCUCUAUGACAUCAAUGGAGAUGGCUGCAUUACUAAGAAAGAAAUGACAGAUAUUGUGUGUUCCGUUUACGCCCUACUAGGCCGAAGAUCCCAUCCCGCUGUUGAUGAAAAAUCCUUGCGGGACCAUGUUGACAGGAUCUUUCUGAAAAUGGAUUUAAAUAAAGAUGGCGUUGUAACCAUAGACGAAUUUAUGGAAAUAUGCACUAAGGAUGAAACGAUCUCCAAGUCUUUAUCUCUUUUCGACACGGUGUUGUAAACCGACAAAAGCUAUAAAAUGUUUCUUUGGGCGUGUCAGUCGUUGUAUCGUCAUCAAGUGGCAUUGUUGUACACUACUGUCGUGUCUCUUCAUUGCAUGAGCGAUGUUAAAACAUAGGUGUGGGUAAUAGUAAACGCAGCUUAAUUAAAAAUGUUGUUGUAACAAUGUCGUGCGAGUGUUUCAGCCCAACCAUAUUUGUACAUCCAUGAAUGACGUCAUGACAUUGAAUAUGUCUUGAUUUACUGUUGCCGUUGUUUCCAUCAAAGCUUUAAUAACGUUUGUUGAACCCUUAUCCUCUCCAUCCUCCAACAAAAGAAGGCCAUAUUUAUCGAAAGUGACUGUUUUUUUACCUUUCCUUCUGAAAGAACAACUACUUCACUUAGUCUGUCCAGAAUGAAGAUUGUAGAAAUUAUCUCAUAUAGUAUAAGAAAAUAGUAUUAUACAGCGAAUAAAAAUAUAUAUACUUCUCAUAAAGCAAUUUGGGGUAAAAGGACAGUGAGAUAGAUUCAGUUCAUUUGAUUAUACCUGACAAAAGAACGUGAAAGUAAAUAAAAUGAGGCACAGUCCAUCAUUACUUCACGUGAAUCUACCUAGGAUUAAAGAACCAAAACUUAGUAAAUAUAGAAUAUGAAAUACAUUUAUAUAGUCCAGCUUUACUUCACACAUCUUUACCCCGGAUUAAAGAAGAUUUACAGUCCAUUCUUACAUAAACUUCACAUAGAUCUUUCUAGGGUUAAAGAAAAAGUAAAAACUACGGAAUAGAGAAGAUGAAUUAUAGUUUAUCAUUACUUCAUAUAAACGUAAAUAGGCUUAAAGUAAAAAAAAACGAAGGAAUAGGGGAAGAUGGGAUACAGUUCAUCUCUAGUUCAGAGCCAGGAUGCAGUUCUUACAACUUUAUAUAAACCAGUCUCUAGUGAAUCGUUCCAAGAGAAAGUACAGAACGUGCCUUGCAGAUUCUUAUCACUUUACGUAGAUGAUUCUCGGGUUAAAGUUACAGAGAAACCAGACACUAACGCGUAGGAAAUUAAAGAUAUCAUACAGCCCAUGGAUAAUAGCUCUUACGAUACCAGAUAUCCAUGAAAUAUUAAAAAGACACUUUAAUCCAUUUCUCGAAGAACUUUUACACUAGAAACGUUAAGGAAACGCCCAUAAAAAUUUAAAUUAUAUAUCAAAAGAAAUCCAGUUAUCCAUCUUUUCUAUAAAUAGUAUGUUUCCAGGAAUAAAAAUAUCCGCUUCAACCUAUAAGUUUUGUGAAGUUUAUUGAUUUGUGUGAGAUACUGCAGAAUAAAAAAAAUAUUUUAGUUAAAGCUUUCUUACAAAAAAGAAAAAUCAAAUGAUGUUUAUGAUGUUUUAUUUUACAGUAUUCUAUAUUUUUGCUACAUUUUAUUUAAUCGCUUGAUUAUUAUACGUUAUAGCUUUUUUUUCCGAAAGCUUACUUUUUUUCGUUAAAGAAAUUGUGAACAUUUAUCGCAUGUGUAACAAUAAAGUUGAACAUUAAAAAAACAGAAGUAUCCUUUCAAUAUCAAUACUUUUUUAACCGGUGUGACCCCUCGGUAAAUUGUUCUAUCAUAAUAACAAUAAAUCUAUUACCUGUCAUGAAAACUACCUGAAAUAAUAAAUCUAUUACCUGUCAUGAAAACUACCUGAAAUAAUAAAUCUAUUACCUGUCAUGAAAACUACCUGAAAU